AAAUCCAACGUUUGAUUUUUUUUUUUGAUGUAAUAGAAAGACGUUGACCGUACCCAUCUCUCCACACACAGACACACACACACACACUCUCUCUCUCUCUCUCCUCUUUCUCUCUCUUCCUGAAAAGGGAUCGAGGGUCCGCCAUUUUUUCACACACUCAAACCCUCAACUCCAAGCUCCGAAAUCGUCAUCACACACUGUGUUUUUUUCUUUUCUUUUUUUAAUCGGAGUUCAAACCAAAAAUGGCGGCGGAGCCCACGCAUCGGCAGUAAUGAAGGUCACAGUAGAAAGAACCACCGCCUCCCGAGAAAUCCAGCCUCCUCCGAACCCUCCCCCGCCCUCAGAUCUUUCCGAAAAGCCGAUUUUUCCGCGCAAGCCGCCUCGCCGGAAAACCAGAGCUCCCGGCGCCGGAGUCCGGCUGAAGAGGGACCCGUCUGCGAAGCGGAGCAGCCGCCCCGAGACCCCUUUGCUCAGGUGGAAGUUCGAGGAGCCCAAUGUCCAAACUAAUUCCGUCGUGGAGGAGGAGGAGAAAUCGUCCGGUGAAGCUGGCCGGAAAAUCAGCCGGCGGAGUAGGGCCGUCGUUUCUGCCAGGAAACUCGGCGCCGGUCUGUGGCGGCUGGGUUUGCCGGAGGUUCAGGCUAAUGAUGCCCAAAAGUUAGGGCUUCAGUCCGGGGGAGGUGGCCAUUUUGGAGGCAAUAUUCAUUGUCAUAAUUUCGACAGAGUGCAUAAUUCGUCGGUCAAAGAUCCGGUACAUAGUCCGCAUUCGGUUUCUGGUCUAAAACACGGCCUUCCUUACAAGUUCGACCCACCGUUCCAACUUCCAAACCCCGCAAUGGAGGGAGCCACAAAGUGGGACCCACAUGGUUGGAGAGCAUCAACAUCACACGAAACGAAGCAAAUAUUCAACCAACCGAGCGCGCCCAAAAAUCAAGAAAGUGCAGCUGCAGUAAUAUCAACCCUCCAAUCAGAUCUCGAGCAAGCUCGAUCCAGAAUCAACUACCUCGAAAACGAGCGCAGAUCUUCCAAGAAGAAACUUGAGCAAUUCUUACAUGAACUCAGCGAGGAAAGAUCCGCGUGGCGGAGCAGAGAGCACGAAAAGAUCCGAGCAAUAAUCGACGACAUGAAAUCCGAUUUGAGCAGGGAGAAAAAAAACAGGCAGAAGCUCGAAAUAGUCAACUCAAAGCUGGUCAAAGAAUUGUCCGACACCAAAUUAUCUGCAAAGCGUUAUCUUCAAGAAUAUGAAAAGGAAAGGAAAGCCCGAGAAUUAAUAGAGGAGGUUUGUGACGAACUAGCUAAAGAAAUCGGAGAAGACAAAGCUGAGGUGGAAGCAUUAAAAAGAGAGUCGAUGAAACUCCGUGAAGAAGUUGAUGAAGAGAGAAAAAUGCUGCAAAUGGCCGAAGUUUGGCGUGAAGAACGAGUCCAAAUGAAAUUAGUCGAUGCUAAAGUCAUGCUCGAAGAUAAGUACUCCCAAAUGACCGUUCUAGUGGAAAAAAUCGAGUCUUUCUUGAAUUCUAGAAACCCCACUUCAGAUUCAGAGGAGAUCAAGAAAGCUGAUUUCCUCCGCCAGGUGGCAGCCUCAGUCGACAUGGGGGAUGUACGUGAAAUUACGUACGAGCCCCCGAACCCCGACGAUAUUUUCUCCAUGUUCGAAGAUGCUAAUUUUGGCGAAGCGAACGAAAGGGACGACGACAUCGAAUCGAAGAUCCACCGAGUGAGCCCUGAAGAGAAAAUGCUCAACAAGGAAUAUUCUCGUAAAGAUUCCAAUGUCUAUACGGAUCGGAGCGGAGAAUUGGAAGAGGAUGCAAGCGAGUGGGAAACAGUGAGUCAUAGGGGCUCAAGUUACUCUCCCGAUGGGAAUUUUUCGAGAAACGGUGGUGAGGAAACACCGACUAUGGAAAUCGGAGAAGUCGGUGAUGAUGAUGUGGCGAAGGCGAGGAAAUUGAGAAAGGGUUCUUCGGAAUCCAAGAUGUGGAGGUCUUCGUACUCGAGCAACGGUGAUAGUUACAACAAGAUUGUAUCUAUCGGACGGUUUUCAAACGGUAGGGUCUCUAGUGGGGCCCACGGUAUGGCGUCGCCCGAUUGUGGUGGUGGGUUUAGUCCAAGGGAAUAUUCCGGGCAGUGGAGCUCGCCGGAUUUGGGAAACCCGCAUGUGAAUCGUGCGAUGAAAGGGUGCAUUGAAUGGCCACGUGGACCCCACAAGAAUAGCUUGAAGGCUAGGUUGAUGGAGGCUAGGAUGGAGAGUCAAAAGGUGCAGCUUCGACAGGUUUUGAAGCAGAAGUUUUGACGAAUAAACGAAGGUUUGAAAGUACUAUGAGCUAUAUAUCUACAUAUUUGUAUCGUUUCUCAAACCUAAUUGUUCGGACAAAGAGUUAAGAAUAAUUUUCUAAGCUGUACUAUGUAAUGUCUUAAUUCUGUCAAGGAUGCUCUGUAAUUUUUCUUUAAGACAGUAACUUCAAUUGUUGCGUUUAUGCAAUUAUUCGUAAGUUCUUUAUUUUGUUGGGAUUUUUCGAUGUUCUUGUAUCAUAAAGGCAGUACGUGUCGUAUUAUAUGAAUCUUGAUUAUGUGGCAUUGAU